AUGGUGGAAGAAACUAAUAAAUAUGCAGCGGAAUUCAUAAAUUCACAUGUUCUAAAGCCAAAGUCUCGCAUUCACAAAUGGAAGGAUACAACUAUAGAAGAAAUGGAGCGAUUUAUGGGGGUGUUAAUGGUCAUGGGUAUCAGUAAAGUACCAAAUUUGCAUUUAUAUUGGUCUAAAAAGAGAUGCUACCGAAAUGAAUAUAUUGCAAACUUGAUCACAAGAGAUAGAUUUUUGCUUUUAUUGAAAUUUUGGCAUUUCAGCGAUAAUGUAAAUAAUGGAGAUAAAUUAUACAAGAUUCGGAAGAUACUGGACAUUGUAUUCAAAUUAUUUACUGAAAUAUUGAAGCCAGGAAGAUUCAUAGUGAUCGAUGAAACAAUGAUCCCUUGGAAAGGACGUCUUAACUUUCGUCAAUAUAUCAAAAAUAAAGCUCACAAAUAUGGCAUCAAGCUAUAUAAAUUGUGCACACCUGAGGGUUACACUUACUCGGUGAUUGUAUACACGGGAAAGGAUGAAGAAAAGUCGGGCGCUGGACAUGGUUACGAUGUAGUAAUGAAAUUGACUAAGAACUUACUGGAAGAGGGUCGAACUUUGAUAGCAGACAACUUUUAUACAUCUGUUCCAUUAGCUGAAGAAUUACUAAAAAAGAAGACAUUUAUGUGUGGUACACUUAGAACCAACAGAAGAGGACUACCUAAGUCCUUCAUAAGUAAAAAAAUGAACAAGUUAUUGGAAACAUGA